GAUUGCAUAAGUCAGAAAUUCCUUUCAUAUCAUCUUUCCCGAUUUCGCAAUCACAGUGCAAAGAAGAUAAUAACUCUUUUUCAUUCAUAGCAAUGGUGUAACAUUAGAUUCAGCUAUUACUCUAAUGGUACAUAACUUUUUACACCUACAUUAGAAAAGUGCGAUGCGGUACCCUAAAAACAUGAACGAAGAAGGAGCCAAAGGCAAAAAACCUAAACACACUUUUCUCUCUCGUUUCCAAACACUCUUCUCAACCAUGACCCGAAAACCCGUUUUCAAGCGAACCCUAGCUAUUUUCUUCGUUAUCGUAGCUCUAUACGCUCUCGCUAACACCUUCUUCCAAUCCUAUGAUUCUUCCGCGUUUGAUUCCGCUACCUUUCCGUUCAACACAGCUACGGCGUCGUCUAUCCUUCUCGCCGCCGGGAAAUCUACGUUUCCGGCUGUUAAGGUUUACCUCUACGAUCUUCCUCGGAGGUUCACCUAUGGAGUUAUCCAGCAUCAUUCACUCGCGCGUGGCUCACGCGUUGAUGAGAAUGAUUUGUCUUCUCUGAAGUAUCCAGGUCACCAGCACAUGGCGGAGUGGUACUUGUUUUCGGAUCUCGCUCGACCCGAUUCGGAGCGUGCCGGUUCGCCUGUUGUUCGGGUUUUAGAUCCGGAAGAAGCGGAUUUGUUCUUCGUGCCGUUUUUCUCGUCGUUGAGCUUGAUUGUGAACCCGGUCCGGCCUCCCGGUUCCGGUUCGGAGAAGACUGCUUACGUCGAUGAGGAGAAUCAGGAAGCAUUGGUUGAGUGGCUGAAGAGGCAGGAGUAUUGGCAGAGAAGUAAAGGAAGGGAUCAUGUGAUUGUGGCUUCUGAUCCGAAUGCGAUGUAUCGGGUGAUUGACCGGGUUAAGAACUCCGUGCUGCUUGUAUCGGAUUUUGGACGGUUGCGACCGGACCAGGGAUCUCUGGUGAAGGAUGUAAUUGUGCCGUACUCGCAUCGGAUUAAGACGUAUACAGGUGGCGUCGGUAUUGAAAAACGCAACACCUUGUUGUUUUUCAUGGGAAAUCGAUAUCGCAAAGAGGGAGGGAAAAUCCGAGACACGCUGUUUCAAAUUCUAGAAACAGAAAAGGAUGUUAUAAUAAAGCAUGGAGCACAGUCCAGAGAGAGCCGACGGGCAGCUUCACAAGGAAUGCAUACAUCAAAGUUUUGCUUACAUCCUGCGGGGGAUACUCCAUCAGCCUGCCGAUUAUUUGAUGCUAUUGUUAGCUUGUGUGUUCCAGUGAUUGUCAGUGAUAGUAUUGAGUUGCCUUUUGAAGAUACUAUAGAUUAUAGAAAGAUUGCGGUAUUUGUGGAAACUGCUCCUGCAAUACAGCCAGGAUACUUGGUGUCAAUUUUGAGAGGCAUAACCCCAGAUAGAAUCUUGGAAUAUCAGAAAGAACUAAAAGAGGUGAAGCGAUACUUUGAAUACGACGAACCAGAUGGGACAGUGAAUGAGAUUUGGCGGCAAGUUUCGAAAAAAAUACCCUUGAUCAAAUUGAUGAUUAACCGCGAGAAAAGGCUGUUUGCAAAGGAAGCUGAUUGCUCCUGCAUAUGUACAAACCAGACUGCCAGUAGAACCUUAUAGCAUUCAUCUCACAAUCAGACUUGGCAUCCCAUGAACUUUGGCUCGGUUUUGACGGGACCUUUUGAGGCAAUGAGAAAAUUAUUUAAGGAUAAUGAUGGUGGUAAACGCAGUUUCUGCCAUAUGAAAUUCACUUCCCAAUUAAAUUCUCGUCACGCGUUGGGAGAGGAAUUAUGUGCAACUAUCAUUAUUCAUUAGUUACUGGGGCUGGGCUGGCAUGAGUUUGAUAUUCAGAUGCUGAACAUAGCUUAUUAUCGGCAUGAAUUAUGUCAUUGUAGAUUCCAUGAACCCCUUAUAUAAUUACACAUUAGACUAGGCUAAGAAGAUAUAAGUUUUUAUCGUGAUUGUAUUGUACAGAAGUAAAAAUAAAGUCAUAAUUAUUUUUAUUCUUUAUAAUCA